GCUCCCCCUCCCCCUCCCGCUCUUUCUUCUCCUCCCUCGCCGCCGCCGCCGCCGCCUCAGCUCUCGCCUCAGCCGCCGCCGCCGCCCGCUCCCGCCCGCGCGCGGCGGGAUGGACGAUCAAUCCAGGAUGCUGCAGACUCUGGCCGGGGUGAACCUGGCCGGCCACUCGGUGCAGGGGGGCAUGGCCCUGCCGCCUCCCCCGCACGGCCACGAAGGGGCGGACGGCGACGGCAGGAAGCAGGACAUCGGCGACAUCCUCCACCAGAUCAUGACCAUCACCGACCAGAGCUUGGACGAGGCGCAAGCAAAGAAACAUGCUCUGAACUGUCACAGAAUGAAACCCGCGCUCUUCAGCGUCCUGUGUGAGAUCAAAGAGAAAACAGGUCUCAGCAUCAGAGGAGCCCAGGAGGAGGACCCUCCCGAUCCCCAGCUAAUGAGACUGGACAAUAUGCUUUUGGCAGAAGGGGUUUCAGGUCCUGAGAAAGGUGGGGGAUCGGCGGCAGCAGCUGCAGCCGCGGCAGCCUCUGGAGGUUCUUCAGAUAACUCUAUUGAACACUCAGAUUACAGAGCCAAAUUGACCCAGAUCAGACAAAUCUAUCACACAGAACUGGAGAAAUAUGAACAGGCGUGCAAUGAAUUCACCACACAUGUGAUGAACCUUCUCCGAGAACAGAGUAGAACGCGUCCCAUUUCCCCAAAAGAGAUUGAAAGAAUGGUGGGCAUCAUCCAUCGAAAAUUUAGUUCUAUUCAGAUGCAGCUCAAACAGAGCACUUGUGAAGCAGUUAUGAUUUUAAGGUCAAGGUUCCUUGAUGCCAGACGGAAAAGGCGUAACUUCAGUAAACAGGCCACGGAAAUCUUGAAUGAAUAUUUUUACUCACACCUCAGCAAUCCCUACCCCAGCGAAGAAGCCAAAGAGGAGCUGGCCAAGAAAUGCAGCAUCACAGUGUCACAGGUGUCCAACUGGUUUGGCAACAAACGAAUCAGGUACAAGAAGAAUAUCGGCAAGUUUCAGGAAGAAGCCAACCUCUACGCUGCAAAGACAGCCGUAACGGCUGCACACGCAGUAGCCGCCGCUGUGCAGAACAACCAGACCAACUCGCCCACCACACCAAACUCGGGUUCUUCUGGUUCUUUUAACCUCCCAAAUUCUGGGGACAUGUUCAUGAACAUGCAGAGUCUGAAUGGGGAUUCUUACCAAGGGUCCCAAGUCGGAGCCAAUGUGCAAUCACAGGUGGAUACCCUCCGUCAUGUUAUCAAUCAGACGGGAGGCUACAAUGAUGGCCUUGGAGGAAAUUCGCUGUACAGUCCACAUAAUUUAAAUGCUAAUGGAGGCUGGCAGGACGCAACGACUCCAUCUUCUGUGACUUCUCCCACGGAAGGCCCAGGCAGCGUGCACUCCGAUACCUCUAACUGACCUCUGGCCACGCCCCCGGCUGCUCUGCCUUGAUGAGUGCAUUCACAGCAAUAGGAGGAAAAGGAAUGCAGUUUUGUAGCCCACCAUCUACAGCUUUACUGUAAAACCUUAUCUUAUUAGAGAACUGGGAAAAUCUGUUUUUUAAGGAAUCAUAAUCAUUUGUAUUUAUACUGAAAAACACACAAUGUUUUAAAAAAGGAAAAAAAAAAGCACUUUAUCCAAUUAGGCCAAGAAUUCACAUUGUUGACAGUCCUGUAGCUCUUUUAUCGUAAUUUAUUGUCAAUAUUUUACAUGGAUGGUUUCACAGUUGCCAAUUACUUGGCCUUAAGGGUAAAAAGUACAGUAUGAGCCCCACCCCGGUCACUAAAGCCACGGCGGAGCCCCGGCCUGCGCGCAGCUCCGUCGCACACCUGACUCCCUCGUGGUGGCACUGACCAAGCCGGCCUGAGCGAGCAGUCCGGCCCCCUCUGUCCCUGAUGGUCGUGUCUGGGAGCCUUCUCAUCACACUGGCGUCGCGGCCACUUGUGUCGCCGUUAAAUCAGAGACUGGCGGCCUCUUUUCUCUCUGAGAGCGCCGGGGCCCAGAGUCCGCUCGGUAACUGAAAUACGGAUCCAGAUUGUCCUGGGAGGUGAAGCUCCUGGCUGCUGGUGGAGGUGAGAGCGAGAUGGGCCUGGGGUCUCCCCGCAGGCGCUGGGUGCUGCACACGCUUGUCAAGGUUUGCUCGUCCUCCGGCACACGGCCCUGCUGGCUGGAGUGUUGUAUAUAGUGUAGCAAAAGAGUAUUUAUACAUCUCACCAAUCCAAACAGAGCUUUAUUACCUCAUGCGAACUCAUUCGAACCAAUAGAAUCUCAACCUGUUCUGUAGCUUAGAGUGCUCACUUACUACCUCUGGACGAUACUCACGCUCUAGUGUGUCUCUUUCUUAUCUUUUUUGCAUCUUGUAAUUAACUCUUUGUUUCCCUUCAUAAAAAUGUAAUGUACAUUGUAAUCUUUUAAAAGAAAAAUCAGGGUUGCCUUUGCAACUUUUAAAAAACGGAGAGUGGAAACAUUGGGUCUUAAUUUAACACAGGAUCAGUAAAACUGUUGUAAAUACUGAGAAACAUUUUGAAUGUUCUUCAUCUUGUUACUAAUCCAUGCAAAGAUCAAAAAGCGGCAACUAAUUGUGAUGUAUUCAGAUUUCAGUAUUCGGUACUGUAUAUUUCACCCUGUGUAAUGGGGUCCCCCUCCUUUCUCUCUUUUUGUAUUGUAUGCGAUUCUGAAACUGAUUGAGUCAUGAAAAUAAUUUGUGGCGGUGAUUCUAAUGUAUUACAAACGUUUCGUGUUCCUUUCUAACUGGAUUACACCCUGGAUUGAAAAGUCUUCCUCGUGGUAGUUCUAUGUAGUUUCAAACAUGAAUAAACUUUUGCUUUCAU